GUGUGCUCAUUUUAUGUUUACAGAUCCAUAUUUACUGGAAAACAAAGAUACAAUCCCCCAGUCGACUGUUGUCUCACUUACUCUCUACUGGAAAAACUGAAGAAGAAUAAACACAAUGAAUUUUGGUUGAAUUAUAUGCGGAAUGCUUUCGCGAAACACCUGAAAGAGACAGAGGCGCGCGAGCGUAUGACAGCUAGAGACGUGCAGCGUUUGAAUGGCGUUGCGCCAUUGGUCCAUUUGCGAGGCUACGAGAGACGUGUUGUCAGCCAAUCACAGCACAGGCUUCAGUGCAACCUGCUUUCGCCGCUUGAGCUGUACAACAUCAAGGUCAAUCCCAGGAUGUUGAAUUUCAAUAUGGUUGCUGUUGACACAGACUGUGAAGAGUUGAUGUUUGUGGAGAAUUUGAAUAGUUUUGAAAUAUCGAUGCGUGUGAUCUCUACGAAUUCUUCAAUCAAAGUCAGCGGUCAAAAUCACAUGAAAAUCAGUCCUUUCGCAAAAGUUUCGUUCUCAAUCAUUAUACAUUCCUCUUUUCUCGGACUGUUCAACGGGAUGUUUAAGUAUGUGAUAAACGAGAAACACUUGUUCGAAAUGGUGGUAGCUGCCGAAAUAGUUGAGAAAUUCCUGGAUAUUAGCACUCUGGAGGUGCGCCAUGCUGAGCCCAAAAACAACCCCUUCUAUAUGUGGACCGAAUACAUCACCUUGAAAAACCACUUAAAAUCGGACACUGAAUUCACGUGGACCAGCAAAAGUUUCCGGUGCUUCGACAUUGAGCCGAAGAAAGGGUGCGUGCCCAGCUGCGGCGAGCUGAACUGCCUGGUGACGUAUUGUCCGCCGACUUCGGCCGAGUCUGAGCCGAGCUCCAAGAUCGGCCUGCUGAUUGGCCACAACAACAUCGACACCAUCAAGUGCUACUGCACGCUCACACGCGCACACACCACCUUCAUCAACCCCACGCUCAAUCUGGGUGCUGUGCCGCUCAAUCUACAGGUGGUGGCCAAAAGUGUACUGUUCAACGCCACCUAUCGCAAGGUGCCGUUCAGCGUGUCGAUUGUGAACGAGGAUGGCAUACAGGGUGUGGCCGUGAGUCCGAUGCAGGGCUUUGUGGAGGGGAGGGCGGAUGUGGUGUUCACGCUGACCUUCACGCUGCUCAAGGUCGGCGCCAUAGACUUUCGAGUCGGUGUGCUCAGCGAAGGAUCCAUGGCCUGGUUGAAGGUCAUCGGACAAGUUGUCUUUCCCAAGAUAUCAAUCACACCGGAUAAAGUGGAGUGGUUCAGGGUGCCUUGCUACACACACACUGCCUGCAUGCUGACCGCCGAGAACCAGAGUGAAGCCAUUGCUUCCCUUUCCUUCCUCAUUGAUCAGCAUUACCAUUUCAAGAUAUCACUGUCACCGGAAUUUUUAAAAACUAAUACGAUUGAUAAUUUCUCACUGCUGCCGGGAGAAAAGAAAGAUUUCUACCUGCAUUUCUUCCCCACCGAUCUGGUGACACAUCAGUUCUAUCUGCCCGUUGUCAUCAACAAUAUUAUUGGCCCACCAGACAUAAAACUUGCCAAAACUCUGACACCAGGCCACUUCAUCAGCCAGUUCCAAGAGAGAAAGACAAGCUCAUGGGAAAAGUUGUCGGGUAUUUUGAUAUUAUGUACGAUUGCCCCUCCGCCUCUCUCAUUCUCCAAGGUUUUCGUCAAGUGUUUCGGAAACGAUGAAGAAGAAGAUAUAACCGUGACGAAUAAUCAAGAAAGAACGGCUUUUGUUGGAUUCAGAUUGUCGAGUGCUAAUUCCCUGCAUAAAGGCUUUUCACUCGAAUGUCGUGCUACGGCCAUUCAUGUUGACAAAAAGGAGCAUGUGUACUUCUACGAGAUAGAGCCGAACGAUUCAAUCAAAUUGAUAGUUUCGUUCAGUCCACCGGAGAAGGGAUUCUUUGAAGAGAAGCUGUUGGUGAUGCAUACUCUAGAAAUAUGUGACGUCACGACUUGUCGCCAGCCGUACACUCAGCUCAUACUGCACGGCAAGACUUCCGGAGAUCUGAUAGCUUCUGACUCUAUUAUUUACUUUCCGCCGAUCCCUCUGGAGGUGGAAUCAGUGCGCCGUCUGACAAUCACCAAGGAUGAGCCGAGUGGGGAGGAUGACAGCCACGGCCAGUUCUCUUUGCAGGUCAUCAAACUCAGCCAGGCUGCUCAGGAGACACUGCAUGUGUCCUACAGCGAAGAAGCCGCCGUGACGAAGAAGUCCAUCUCUCUGCAGGUCACUAUUGGAUUCAAGUCGUCUCAUCCGAUAUCGUUCAAAACACAGCUGACAUUCAGAGACGGUAGCGGCGCGCAGACGGUGGUGACGGUGAUAGCUACAGCCGACAACUGUCUGCUCACGACGCAUGCGUUCUCGCUGCUCAAGUAUAGGGCGCAGACGGAUGCUACUACGCAUGCGUGUGACACCAUCCAGUACAACCAUGUCGAGUUUGUUAAACGCAGCAGUUCGGUGACCAAUCUGCUGGCAUCAGACGAUGCAGCUGCCAAAUCGGGUCUGGAGAGAAGAGUAAUGAAGUCGCAGACCUCUCUGUCGGUGUCGAGCCUGGCCGGUCGACAGAAUUCCUCCUUCAUUUCGCACACUAAAAACUCGAAAUAUCUCAAGUUGCCUUGGCAAUCGAUACCUGAAUUCCCGUCGGACCAAGACCCGGCAGCCGAGUACCAGCACAUGCGCAAUGUGCUGACGGCGAUGGAGCGCCACCUGUACGGGCAGACGUUCAACUGCAGCUACCACUGGACGGUGGGUGAGAACGUGAAGUGGUCAGCCGCCUAUCACCCGGCCGAGCACGGCGCCGCACUCAGCAACGUUGCCCUCAUCAAGUCACUCGUUGAACUGUUGGAGAGGUUCUGUGGCCGAGACAUUCACACUGUGCUGCCCUAUGUCAACAUUCCGUUCCCGAAAGACGACGAGGCGCGUGUGCUGAAGGUGGUAGCCCUGCUGGAGAGUGUGUUGGAGUACCUGAUGCGACUGGGCGCUUGCCUGGGUCACUUCGCCGCAGAUUAUCUCCUAGACUACCACGAUCACGAGAUCUACUGCAAGCGAUCCGCACUGCGACUAGAUGAGAGGACUGAUUCGGUCGACUGUCGAAAGUCUUCCAUUGGAAAUUUCGAAAUAAUUUGUAACCCUGAAGACAUGUCGAAAGAAAAGUACGAAAAACGAAUGGUACAAUGUUGGCUGGACUUAUUUCUGCAACUGUAUAAAGUGUGCAUCCUCUAUUCUAUAAAGCUCAGCUCCUAUAAUCCAGAGGAUCUAAAGUCCAGCAAAGAAGAUGUUGGUAAAAAUACUUUCAAGCUAAUCUUGCGAGACAAGAAGAGCGCCUACAAGACGAGCGUUCACAGCGCAAACAAACGGUCGACCGAGUCGCCAGUGUUUCGGUUCCGUGUGGGCUCCCACGACCGCAGCAAACACGAAACAGUUCUGCUGACGUGGCUGGAUGACUUCUACACGCGACAACGGGCUGUGGUCUGGCCGCACCAUCCACCCGACCUCAGGCAUUUGGACUUUUUUGACAGUCUGUCCGACUCACUGGUGUUCGCGGCGGUCACAUCAUUCUAUUGUCCCUACAUCAGCGCACUCUACUUUCACAACAUGUUCACGCAUCCCACUGGCAAAGAUCAGCUGUACCACAACGCGAUCUGCCUGCUGAAGGCGUGGACGAACAUCAGGGUGGGUGUGUUUGUGCACCCUUCGGAGCUGAUAGACGGCGACAACUGUGUGCUGAAGCUGAUGAUUGCCGUGCAUCUGUUCAAGGUGCUGCCCUCCUAUGUGCCCGAGACUGUGCUGGACUUCGGCACUCCGCUCACCACCUCCAAGGAACGGCCCAUCCAGCUCACAAAUAAUUCCUUAUCACAAGCGAAUUAUUUCUUGAUCAUGAUUGGAGACCCUUAUCGCAGUUUCAUUAUUCAAUCUUCGUCCAAUGUCAUCAAUAUCAAAUCCAAGAAGACGGUUAUUGUCAACAUACAGUACACGUCGAAUAAAAUCAGAAGAGAGUCUGCCACACUUUUGUUCUGCGGGUCGUGCGUCUCUCCGAAUUUCGCAGCGAAUCGCGUGUUCACACUGGAAGGCUACGCGGAAAAACUGAAAAUCAGCAAAGUGUUCGCUUUGGAGGCGCCACUCAACAAGAUCGUUGACAGAUCGUUCAAGCUGAACGCGCCCUACGGCUCCUAUACACAGGAGUACGAGUUCGAACUGCACUACUCGGAGAAGAAGCCUUCUGUUGAAGACCCUCCCACCUACAGUCGUUGGAUUGAAGUGUCCAAUCGCAAACUGCCUCAGCGAAUUCAUUUUCCCUACUCUGCCCUAUCAAUUCCCGGCAAGGGAAGGAAGUUCAAAGAAUUCUCCAUUAAAAUCUGCUGUUUCACGCCGAAACAGUAUGACUACUAUUUCAUUCUUAUGAAUCCGUCAGUUGGUGAUUUCAUUAUUCAGAUUUCAAUAAAACCGAAAGUGAACAUCGUGAAGGAGCCAAUACAACUGCAUUUUGAGGAAAACGUGAGCGGUGUAGCAAAUUACAAGGAGCAGUUCGCCGAUUUCUGGGCCAAAUACAGCACAACACCACCCAAUGCCGUCGUUAGGAUUCCGUGCAGAAACGAUGAUCUGUGGUCCUCUCUGAUGGCAAUGUUCGAGCUUAAAUUCAACGCUAACGAAACAUCGUUCUGGACUUCUUAUUUAGAGACAAAUAUCGGAUUGAAACUGAUCCAGUGGAUGAUGGGCAACGAGUCAGAUUCUAUGACUGACGACAUUCGUCACAUUUUCCACUAUGGCGUCAGCUAUAAGGUGACAAGCUCAUCUCAGUCACUCAUUGUACCCAACGCUCUCUAUCUACCUGAUGUCAUGGACCAAACAGAAUUUCGUGAAUUUGGGCAUGCCAUGGUCGACUAUAUAAUCAAUUACAGGGAGAAUAUUCGUGACAGAGAUGUGUAUCCAUCGGUAGAACCUGGCUACCUGUAUUCGAGAAUACCGACGGAAAUGCCUCAGACUCCUGACAGCUGGCAAAACGUUCUCAAUGAUGUCGAGACGCAUAUUAUGCCCGGAAUCACACACUGGCAAUCACCCAGAUUUCAUGCUUAUUUUCCUACAGCGUCGUCUUAUCCAAGUAUAUUGGGUGAAAUGCUAGCGGCCAGUCUUGGCGUUAUAGGAUUCAGCUGGAUCACUAGUCCGGCAUGUACAGAGCUAGAAGUAGUAAUGAUGAACUGGCUGGGAAAACUUAUUGGAUUGCCUUCUCAAUUUUUAAAUUGUUCUGAAGGUCCAGGCGGAGGAAUUAUUCAGGGAUCAGCUAGUGAAGCCACUCUGAUUGGAUUGCUGGCUGCCAAGGAGAAGACCGUUCAUCGUUUGAAGCGAGAGAAUCCACAAAUUGAUGAAAAUAUUAUUAGGACCAAGCUUGUCUCUUAUACCUCAGAUCAGUCAAACUCGUCAGUGGAGAAAGCUGGUCUGCUGGCAUCUGUUCCAAUGCGGCUUCUGCCAGCCGACGGCCAAGGCAAGCUGACGGCAGCCAUCUUGAAUCAAGCUAUUCAGCAAGAUAUCCACAAUGGACUUAUUCCCUGCUAUGUAGUGGCAACCCUGGGUACCACCGGCACAUGCGCAUUCGAUGAUCUGCAAGAAAUCGGGCCGAUCUGUGAACAGCACAACAUAUGGCUUCAUGUAGAUGCUGCCUAUGCUGGAGCAGCGUUCAUUUGUCCAGAAUAUCAACAGCUGAUGGCCGGAGUCGAGUAUGCUGACUCGUUCGAUAUCAACUGCCACAAAUGGAUGCUUGUCAACUUCGACUGUUCAGCGAUGUGGUUGAAGAACACCAACGAUUUGAACAAUGCAUUCAACGUGGACAGGCUGUACUUGGAAAGUAAUGUUACAAGUCACAUCCCCGAUUUUAGGCACUGGCAGAUCCCACUGGGCAGACGGUUUCGAGCGCUGAAACUUUGGUUUACUCUGCGCCUGUACGGAGUGGUCGGUCUACAGGCACACAUUCGCAAACAUAUCAAUUUGGCUAAACUGUUCGAGCAAGUCGUCACAAAAGAUGACAGGUUCGAAAUUGUAGUGCCGGCUGUCAUGGGACUCGUUGGAUUCCGGCUCAAGGGAGACAACAGCUUGAGCAGACUGCUGUUGGACAGAAUCCUGCUGAGUAGGCAGCUCUACAUGGUGCCCGCCAUUGUGAACGACCAGUUCACCAUUCGGUUCGUGGUGUGCAGUGAGAUGACCACCGAACAGGACAUCCAUCACGACUGGGUCGCCAUACAGAAUAUAGCCACCAACAUCCUCUCCAAUAACAACACCAUUGAAAACGAUGCUAAAAAUAUAGAAAACGGAUCCAUCGGCGAGAAUAUCGAUGUUAAAAGUAUCGAAAACGGGUCCAUCGGUGAGAAUAUCGAUGUUAAAAGUAUCGAAAACGGGUCCAUCGGUGAGAAUAUCGAUGUUAAAAGUAUCGAAAACGGAUCCAUCGGCGAGAACAUCGAUGUUAAAAAUAUCGAAAACGGGUCCAUCGGUGAGAAUAUCGAUGCUAAAAAUAUCGAAAACGGAUCCAUCGGCGAGAAUAUCGAUGAUAAAAGUAUCGAAAACGGGUCCAUCGGUGAAAAUAUCGAUGCUAAAAAUAUCGAAAACGGAUCCAUCGGCGAGAAUAUCGAUGUUAAAAAUAUCGAAAACGGGUCCAUCGGUGAGAAUAUCGAUGUUAAAAGUAUCGAAAACGGAUCCAUCAGUGAGAAUAUCGAAAACGGUCCUUUCAGUGAGAUUAUCGAAAAGAAGGAGAAGUGUUUCGCCAACACUGUUGUAACACUGGUUAAAAAAGAGAAAGCCCCUAAGAAUGUGUGCAUCGGCAAAUGAUGAUUAAGGGUGUGGAAAGUUUUUAAAAUAAUAUUAUUAUGAACACUGGUACGAAAGUAAGGGUCAAAACAAAGUGAGGUAGAGUUUAGCAGAGAUCUGGUGUAAACCAGGACUCAACUAAUCAAGGCUGUUCCGUACCUACACCUUUUUAUUAUUUAAAUUGGGAUAAUAUUUUGCAAUAUAAUUGUUAAGAUCAUUAUAAGAGUGAGAAAAAGAGGCAACUGAAAUUUUUAAGUGGUCUAAUAAGCGAGUUAUGGGUUGUUGAAGUGCUAACUUUCCAGAUUCCGUUUUCUUUCCAGUUCAUAAACGAUUUCGACUAUAUUAUCAGAACUUCUCUUAAAAAUUCAAAAAAUGUAUUUUCCCAAACUAAAUCAUUAAUUUUAUUCCCCUUAUCGUUCAUAAAUAAAAAGUAACAUUUUUUGUAAAUUCGAUAACUUGUUU